AGAAGCUUGAAGCGGAAAUCGCGAGUAUGUCUGCGGUCUGGUCGUCUGGAGGUAUUAUAAAGUUGAUGACAACAACAUUGCCAUAGCAAACUGUGAGAUAUGUAAACUUGGGAUUGCAAGAGGUGGAAAGGAAAAGGCUACAUUUAACACAACAAACCUGAUACAGCACCUCAAAAACAAACACCCGACACAAUACAGUGAGUUUACCCAGGCAACCCAGCCGAGGACGAGUCAGCUCACGCUGCAGGAGAGUUUGAAGAGGAGAGGAAAAAUGCCCCGUGACAGCGCGAAGGCGCAGGACAUCACAGCCAAGAUAGCACAAAUGAUCGAAAUGAGUGACCUGCCAUUCGCCUUUGUAGAGAACCCUGGAUUUAUUAUGCUUAUGGAGCACGUAGAACCUUGAUUUGAAAUGCUCUCUCGCCACUAUUUCACCGAGAAAGCUCUGGCAGCCCUUUUAUAAGAAGAUUUCUGACAAACUACUUGUCCUGUUAUCAGAUGUACCCCAUGUUUCGUUCACCACAGACAUCUGGAGUUCGCCCGUAGCUCCCAUGUCUCUACUAAGCUUUACCGCACAAUGGAUUGACUCAAGUUUUGUUUUACGCCGUGCGACCCUACAUGUCCAGGAAUUUCGCUGAUCGCACACCGCAGAGCCCAUCCAGCAAUCGAUGGAAAAGAUGCCAAAUAACUGGGGAAUUGACAAGCAACGGGUCCACGUAAUUUUGCGUGACAACGCGGCAAAUAUGAAGAAAGCUAUGAGGGAUGGGGGUGCCGAGUGUGGGCUGUGUCGCCCAUUCCUGUCAACUCUGUGUGCAUGAGGGCCUGCUGUCUCAGCGCAGCAUGACAGAGACCCUGGCCACGCAAGGAAGAUUGUAGGCCAUUUUAAACACUCCCCAUUGGCCUACUCUCGACUAGAAGACAUACAGAUGGACCUAAAUAUGGAUACCAAGCGCCUACAACACGAUGGAACAGCAGCCUCUACAUGCUGCAGAGCCUACUGCAACAAAAACGUGCUCUUAGUUUCUUUGCAGCUGAGCGCACUCUACCAGCAACACUGACAGCUCACCAGUGGGAGCUGAUGAAUAAGACUGCUGAUGUGCUAUCCCCCUUUGAAGAGCUGACCAGGGAUGUGAGCAGGGAGACUGCAACUGCAGCUGAUGUGAUCCCUGCCAUAACAAUCCUCAGACAUGUUCUGUCUCGGGAGGAUGAUGAUGACCAGGGAAUAAAAACAGUGGAGGGAGUGGAGAAGCGCUUUGCUGAUGUUGAAACUGAGCCACUCUUCUACAUCGCCACUCUUCUAGAUCCCAGAUACAAAGAUGGCUUUUUCACAAAGUUGCUUGCAAAGGAACACCUUAUCCAGGAGGUGGCAAAGACAGAGGGGAGGAGGGCUGUCAGUGCAGUGCCAGAGGAAAAUGAGGAUGCAGCAGAGCCAGUGAGCAAGGCACCACAUCAUGAAGCAUGUAGCAGCCUGGACAUUGCCUUUUACGGAAAUCUUACAAGCGAGGCAGUCACAGGGAUGGUCCGUGAGUACCACAUCAACAGAAACUCAAGUGCAGACCUACUUCUCAGAAAAAAACAACCCUAAGAAAAGCGACCACUUCAGUACUGGAAAGAACAUGCUAAUCAGUUUCCCUCUAUGGCUGCUGUUGCAACCCAGUAUCUCAAUGCCCCCUGCAGCUCUGUGGACAGUGAGAGACUUUUUAGUGCCGUUGCAAACGUCCUUGAUGAGAACAGAAACAGGCUCAAACCUGACAAGGUAGAGAUGUUAGUUUUCAUUAAGAAAAACAUACAUUUCCUUCUGUGAAACUUACUACUGUGAUGACAGUAAGAGUUAGGAGUGCAGUUCCUAAAAGCACAUUACUGGCUUUGCAAACACUGAGGCACUUUUAUUUUUUUAUUUGUUUACAUGCCUGUCGGGUAUUUUAAGUUGAGAUGCUAUUUGUUUUUAUAUUAGACUUUUUUUUUUAUAUUUACUGUUGCACUAAAGUCCAAAAGUGAAGAAUUUAUGUUAUUACUUGAUUGUUCAAGCUACCUCACAGAAGUGCUCUGUUUGUUAACAGAGUUGUUGAAUGUUAAAAUAAGGUGAAUUAAAUAAAAAAUAAGGAACAUCCUG